GCUACAACAAACAAGAAGAGCAAGGGGAGUCUAAUACAGCUACAAUCCUGAGAGGUAAAAAUCCGAAUGCGUUGGACAAAAAGUCUAAGACCUUGUCAGCCGGUGUUAAGACGCCGAAUGCUAGUCGAGGAAAGGACAAAUUGAAGUUGAAGAAUGAGCAUGGUAGCACUACUGCAGGACAGAGAACAGGAAGUACAACAAACUACACAACCAUCCUGCCACCAGCACCCUUGCACCCUGCUCACGUUUGGACAACCUUGCGUGUGUUCGCGUUGAUUUGGUUUGGAAUCUACGACACUUUCUUCAGUCAUGGCCUAGAUUACAUCGUACAAAAAAUUGCAGAUCCAGAUGGCAGUCUGCUGCCACUCUACGACGUGUCCACGCGCAAUGGAAUAGCUGCUGUGUGGAUGGUUAAGGCAAGAAUUGUAACUAAUACUAGCUCUCCGCAAGAAUCAAUUGAUCAGGGACAGGGAGCACUUCUAAAUCCACAGUAAUAGCUGUUAUUUGAUGCUAAAUAAAAGUCACCUGGACGCUGACAAGAUGUGGGCAAGGGCAAGGGCAAUCUGAUACAAGGAAGGUCACGGCUCUAACACCACGUUUUGCAGUCUGGUUUGGGCGAUGAAUGGACCACUUGACUUCCCUACCUUCUGGGGCAAAGAAGUCGAAAAAAUAGAAUAGCGACGAGAGACCCAAAAAUAUGAGUGUGAUGAAGCUUCCUUGAACUUGAAAAAUUUUGCAGACGUAUUUUGCAGAUGCAUUCGUUGCCUUUUGCUAAAAAUUUUCCGAUGUCGAUUACAUUACAUUACAAGUUUUUCGAUGAAAGUUUCCAAUGUCGAUGUUCUGGACAAUCAAGAAGAAGAGUCAGAAUCUCAAUUGAUGCA